AUUCUGCGCACGAGCACUAGAGGGCGGGGCUGGGGAGAGACGGCGCACCAUGAAGAGGGCGGGCUAGGCCCUAGGCAAGCAGAGUUCGUCGGUGCGCUCGAGGAGCCGUAGUCUUGGAACGAAGCAUAGCUGCGGAAGAGCUGGGGCUCAGGAUUUCAACUGAGUCCGCCAAGAAAGGAGAAUGGGAAGAUAAGACCAGUGAAGAGACUGACGUUUGCGUUUUGUGCGUGCGCUAGAGAAGGGGAGGGGACUAGGCGGAUCCGGAGGCGAAAGAGGAGUCCAGAAGACGGUUACCGUUUUGGAGAACCCCCAGUACUCAGGAGGAGCCUGAAUUCCUGUCCUCUAGGACUGGAGCCAUGGGCCCGGACGGGAGCCUCUAUGACUGUGACGACCCCCAAUUCUGGACGGCUGUGCUGGACUGCUACAAGGAGGCGGUCCGAGCCAAAGAGGGCAAGUCCCGGAAACUUGUUGCUUUGGAUGCAUGUGGACACCUGUUUCAGGUAUCAGGAGGAGCUACCAGAUUCUAUAAGAGAGAGAAAAGAGAAAUACUUAACUCGAAAUGAAUUGGUGAAGUUGAUGGACUGGAAACUGAUGAGGGGCCAGUUCAGACCACGAUUGCAGAGCUUGGUGGCCACUAACUCGGAGGAGCUGGUAAAGCAGUGCACGGCUGCAGCAUUCUCUCUGCUGCCCAAUGUGGAAGCUGCCAUCACAGAGCUGAACCGGCUUAAGGCCGUGGGACCUGCCACUGCCUCUGCAAUCCUGACAGCAGGUGCCCCAGAGACCACAGCAUUCAUGGCAGAUGAGGCCGUGGCUGCUGUCCCUGACCUUCCAGUGCUGCAGUACACUCUCAAACAUUAUAUCCUCUACCUGGACAAGAUCCGGGCCUGUGCUAAGAGACUAAACCAAGUUGAUGCUUUGUCAGAGUGGACUCCUCACCAAGUAGAGAUGUGCCUCUGGACCUGGACUGUGGCCCAAAGACUGUGUCCCACAAUCCUGCCCUCCAUUUCUUGGAAAGCCCCCAAAGUCAGGGAAGGGGCUGAAGAUGUCAGACCCUCCAAGAAACGAAAGGCUAAUAUUCACUGAUUCUGGACAUCUGUUUACUGCGCCCACAGAGAAAUGCCUCAAGCCACAGUAACCUGCAGCCAGACUCAUCCUCUACUCCUACCCAUGGGGCUCAGGGCAAAGAGUUGCUACUGUCACCCAUUAAAGUGCCUACUGUCCUGA